GCAGCCAUUGAGAAAUACUGUGAGAGCUGUGAUUGGUUACAGCUUAUCACAUGGUACAAGGCUAGUGUGACUGGCCUUGUGCCAUGUGACAUCUUGUUUACUACUGUUCAUGUGAUCAUUGAUUGGCCAAUCAGUGAUCACAUGAAUCAGGACCUCACACAGAGGUCCCGUACACCAUUAAGAACUACUGUGUGAGCUGUGAUUGGUUACAGCUUGUCACAUGGUACAAGGCUGUUGUGAAUAGCCUUGUCCCAUGUGACUUCUGUGAUCAUUCACAGAU